GUUUCGACUCGUGUGUCGUAGGUGAGCAACACAAAAUACAUAUCAAUUGUCCUUAACAAAUUGGAUUCACAACAAAAGCGUCAGUUGGAGGAGAGUUGUAUAGGACAUGUUGCAAGGUUAUCGGAGCUGAAACUAUCUGCUCAAUUAAUUCAUGAAAUGGUAAAACAGAUCGGUGGUUUGCUGAAAGCGAUUUGAGGCUUGGUUCAAGGUGAACCAAAGGUUUGCACGAUUUGGAUUGCCGGAGUUCGCACUAAUUACUGGCUUGAAGUGCGGUCCAGUGCCUAAAGAUGCCGAAGUUGACAAAAUCCUAAAGAAAACCCGUCUAUAGGAUAAAAUGUUUGCUAAUAUAGACCGGAUAACGUGUAGCGACAUGGAGAAAGUUUUUUUGAAAUGUGCCAACCGUAACGAUCGUUACAAGCUUGUGUUGGCACUAAUUAUUGAAGGGGUAUUUAAUUCAAGAGAUCGAAAUGUAGGAAUACAUCCGACAACUCUUUCCAUCGUUGACGACUUGGAUUUCUUCAAUGCCUAUCCAUGGGGGACGGUAUGUUUUCAACUUCUCAUCAAAUCACUGCUACGUAGAUGGGGAAGAAAGGCGGACAUGGCAAAAGUGAACGAUUGUGAUAUGAUGACUUACACGUUGUACGGAUUCCCUCUUGCCGUCCAGUUAUAAAUGUCAUGCAAAUUUGAGUGUACGAGGCAAUCUCGGAGUUGGGAGCUCGAUUCUCGAGUAGGACUUGUGACGAUGUCCCGAGGACGUUGCGGUGGUCUAGCACGAAACAACCUCAUUCCCGAACAUAUUCAGAUUUUUUUAGAAGGCAGAUGUAAGCGAUUUACAUACGUAAUUGCCCUAUACUUUCAAAAUAUAUAAUAUUUCAUUUCGCCUAUUUUUCCUUCCCCUGUAGGUGCACUUGUGGGCAACGCUGCGCGCAACUGCUGCAAAAGAAUUGCAGCCGUACUUAGCCGAUCUAGUUAAGUUGGAAGACGCAGCUGACCCCGUUCUAGGUGGUCUUGUUGCUCAAUUAAUAGAAAUACAAGCUUGUCCAGCUGGAGAUGAUGUUAUACUGAACGAUGACAACAACCAUCGACCAAAUAAAUCCCAGAGAGGCAACAGAGGUGGACCUUAUCAUCGAGAUUUGCAUCACGUUGAAGUAGAGAAGAAGAACAUCGGGAUUCGAUCAUUGAAAUGUCUGUGUCUUUAGAUGAGAUAAGAGCUAUCUUGAACAACAACGGGAGGCAUUUGAGAGCAAGAUGGGUGAUUUGAGGGAAGAGAUGAACACAAGAUUCGCUAGUCUCCAAAAUGAUCUGGGAGGUCAUGUGUGUGGUUUGAGAAAUCAUGUCACUGAUGAGAUCAAUAUGUUUCGACGAAGGUUUGAUGAAGUUGCUACAGAAAUUGGGCAACGUAAUGUUGCUGCUGAGUAUGGUGGAUUUGGUCAUGACGAUCACGGUAGUGACGAGCCCCAACAUGAUGUUUUAACUUCCAAUAUUUCUGCGGAUAGACAGGAUGUCGGAGAGGCAACCGAACCAGUUGUUUGCAAUAUCCCUGAUGUGUCCAUAACGUCGGAAGGUGGGGUUGGAGUACUUGGGUCAGUAUACGUUGCUCGUGAUAUUGUGAAAGAGGCACCAACCAUUGUACCUUCACUUGGUGUAAUCGUUGAUGAUUAGCUGGUUCAUGAUAGCAUCGUUUUUGGACCUUCGAUGGCAGCUGAUCCACCUACACGUAGACCUCGAUUGUUGAGGCUGAAGAAAGCGAGUGCGAACACAAAGACGCCAUAUACCCAAUCUGGUCGCAAGAGGGAUAAGAGGGAUGCGUAGUCCGUGUAUUUUGGUUGACGACACAUAAUGGUGAUUGGAUAUGAACUUCAGGUUGAUUCAAAUUUAGAGGUUCACAUAUUUUGGUUUAUAUGGUGGUUUUUCAAUGUGUAUUUUGGUUUAUGUCGUGAGUGUAUUUUGGUUUACAUAGUGGUUU